UCUUGAUGCUUGAUCGUUGUUGUUCUUGCAUGCAUCUUGCAGUCCAAAUUUAUUUAUUUUAGAAAGUUUACGUAGUUUUAAUCGUAAAAUGUGAGUAAUUGUCACAUUUUCAAUUGCUAGAUUUGUUUAUUAUUGAAAAAUGUCGUCAAAUAGUACGGAUUCAUUCAAGAAGUCGACGGAGUCGGAAAGUGGAUCCAACAAUGCUCACCAUCAAAGCGAAUCUCAAAAGCCGGGAGAAAAUGCAGACAGAAACAAGUCGAAUAAAACCUCUAAUGAAUCUCAAGGGAACUGUUACUGCGGGAAAGAUCGAAAUCUAAAUAUUGCAGAGUUGCUGUGUGCUUCUUGUAAUCGAUGGUUUCAUGAAUCUUGCAUUGGUUACCAGCUUGGCAAGUUGGUACCGUUCAUGACAAACUAUUUGUUUAUUUGCAAGAACUGCUCUCCGACUGGACUGGAAACAUUUAAAAAGAAUCAAGCUCCAUUCCCGCAGAUGUGUCUGACAGCCAUUGCAAACUUGCGUCAGGAGUCAGCAAAGGAAGGCACCAACAGACUCCUGUUCAGCAAAGACCGGGAGAUCAUACCGUACAUAGACCAGUAUUGGGAAGCUAUGACCACCAUGCCAAGAAGAGUGACCCAAUCCUGGUAUGCAACAGUUCAGAGAGCACUUAUAAAAGACAUUCAAGUGCUGUUUACUUAUGAAGAAGACGCUAAUCAAGGUCCUAUGUUUGGCUUGUACAAUAUGGAACUAACAGCUAUCAAGCCUAAUUACGAAGCUAUGAUCAAGCAAGGGCAGCUAAAAGUUACUGAUAUGGGAAUAGCUACAAUUCCGUUGGCAGGUAAUGUGAAGGGUAGACAGGGGAAGCGCCGGCCGGCUGUGGGCGGGGCUACUGACACAGGUGCUACAGUCGGAAAGAAGGGUCGCACUGCUGACUUAGGCGCUUUGAAGCUACCUUCACAUGGCUACCCUACAGAACAUCCAUUCAACAAAGAUGGCUACCGUUAUAUUCUGGCUGAACCUGAUCCACAUGCACCUUUUAGACAGGAGUUCGAUGAGAGCAACGAAUGGAGUGGCAAACCGAUCCCCGGUUGGUUGUACCGGUCACUAUGUCCUGGUAUAGUACUACUGGCACUGCACGACCGCGCGCCGCAGCUCAAGAUAUCCGAGGACAGACUCGCGGUCACUGGGGAUAGAGGAUACUGCAUGGUGCGAGCGACACAUGGUGUAUCUCGCGGCAGUUGGUACUGGGAGGUGUGUGUGGAGGAGAUGCCGGAGGGCGCGGCCACUCGGCUCGGCUGGGGACGACGGUAUGCCAACCUGCAAGCACCGCUAGGAUACGACAAGUUCGGGUAUUCAUGGCGUAGUCGGAAGGGGACUAGGUUUCACGAGUCUAGAGGCAAGCACUACAGCAAUGGGUACGGCGAGGGCGACACGCUAGGUUUCCUUAUUGUUUUGCCACAGAGUGCCACCACUAAAUAUACGCCCAAUACUUAUAAGGACAGGCCACUAGUAAAGUUCAAGAGCCAUCUCUAUUACGAAGAUAAGGAUAACAUACAAGAAUCUCUAAACAAUCUCAAACCUUUACCUGGGAGUAAGAUCUAUUACUUCAAGAACGGAGAAUGUCAGGGCGAAGCAUUCCUGGACAUUUACGAAGGCUGCUACUAUCCUACUGUGUCACUGUUUAGGAAUGUCACGGUCAGCGUGAACUUUGGACCUAAUUUUAAACAUGCACCGUCUAGCGAGUUUACGUAUAGACCGAUGUCAGAAAAAGCAGAAGAAGCUAUCUGCGAGCAGACCAUGGCAGACUUGCUCUACCUGACUGAAAAUGAGGGCAAGCUACGAUUGGAUAAUUUCAACCUCUGAUACAACUAACACCGUUAAUCGCGGUGUGAAAUGAAUGAAUGAAAUGAGUGCAGUGAAAGUGAUCAAAGUGAACUAUUUGAAACCCACUGUACAACAUUGUACUCCAAGACAAUACUAAUUAAUAUACAAAUAAAAAUGAUUAUAAUCAAUCAGUAUUUAAGGCUCAAAAAAGUUUGCUAGCUUUUUGCCAUUGUAAAAUUAGGCCUCUAAGAUUAUAAAUUCUUUAGACAAUUAAAUGUAAAUCAAGUAACAAAAUUAUUGAACAAAAUGUUGAUCAAAAAAAUAUUUUUAGGAGAAAAACAUAUUAAUAUUAUACAAUUUAUCCUAUAAAAUUAUAAUGUGAAGUACAAUAUUUUGCCAUUAAAAUUAUGGUGCAUUCAACAUGUUAUGAAUUGAUAUCUCGAAUUUUAAUAUUGUAAAUCAUUCUUGAAAUAUUGUUUAUCCUUUAAAAGUACAUGAUGUACAGUUUUCAAAUAAUAUCAUUGUUGUUAAUUGGAAUGGCUAGUAUUGUAAGAAACUGAAUGUGUAUGAUAAGUUGAACAUGGAGUUAAGUUGUAUUAAAUGAGUAUUACAUAAUUGCAUUAAUAUUUGUAUGGAAUUGUCAUCUACAAUAGUAAUAUUGAUCUGUUGAAAGUCCAAUUAGAAUUAUAAGAAAUGGUAUUAAGAAUAAAGCUUUUGUCGUCAUA